UGGAGAUUACAAUCUUUUCGGUUAGAUGGUGAGGCGGUGCAGGUCAUAAUUUCUCCAUAUACAGUUUUUAGUACAUCAUCUAGCUACUUUUGCUCGCAGAUAAUGCUGUGCUAUGAUUGGCUUCCAUAUCCUUUACUUUGCAGACGUAGAUAAGGCGAGGUCGUACUGGUUCUGGGGCCACAACAUUAAUCACCAGGGACAGCUUUUCUGACAGGAGUUUAAUACAUUGAUUCCUCAGCAGGCAGUGCUAGAAGUUGACAGACAAGUACUUGGACGGAGGAAAUUAUUGAAAAAGUAGCGAACCCAUCACUGGGAUAGGAAGGAUAAUUAAGCCAAGCUCCACUUGAAGUUUAAAGCUCACUGAAGAAAAUUGGGUAAAAAUAAAUGGCUGAAACUCAACGACAGAAGCACUUUGUUCUAGUCCAUGGAGCAAGCCAUGGAGCCUGGUGUUGGUACAAGAUUCGGAGUAUGUUGGAAACCAGUAGUUACAAGGUCACAUGCUUAGACCUCAAAGGUGCCGGAAUCAAUCAAUCCGAUCCCGAUACCGUUCUCACUUUGGAAGAGUAUAGUCACCCUCUCAUCAACUUCAUGUCCAACUUGCCAGACAAGGAAAAGUGCAGGAGGUAUCAACCUUACAGAUGCCAUAUACAGAUUUGGCAAGAAAAUAGAAAUGGCCAUCUUUGUUGCAGCACCUAUGUUGAAACAUGGCUUCGCUACCGAUCAAGAUAUCAAAGACACAAAACAGACCCCACAGACAAUGUGAAUCUAGGCCCAACUCAGAUGUGGAGAAGUACCUACUACUGCUUCAAAAAGCCACUCCAAAAGUGCACAACAGAGAAUCAAUUACUGACAAUCCAUGGAAUUCUGGAUGUCUCUAAAGAUGAAGUAGCUGCUUACUGCGAAGAAGGAGGCUGCGCAGAUCAAACCAGGAAGAUGCUCAAGUGUUUGCAUAUGGUGAAUAGACACCUCUGGUUCACUAACAACAUCACCGUCCGACACAUCAAUGAUACCAUUAAUCGUGGCUGCGAAACAAGAGAAGCAUUUACCACCAAGGGCGAACAUGUAAGAGGCAGUGCGACAAAAGUUGGCCGGGAGAUGUACAUGUCGUUUAUAACAUCUUUAACAACACUGGCAUUAAUAGCCAUGUUUAACAAGUGAGAGAAAACGUUCUCUUAAUAAGAAAAUUGGAGAUAUCUAAGGAAAAAAAAAAAAAAAUGUGUUCCACUUAAGGAUGAUACAAGACAACAAUAAAUGGAGGAUUUCUCCAGAAAUAAUCUUUGCUCCCAGGGGGGACUUUUAUCAGUUUGUCUUUGUUUCUUGUAUAUUUUAAAUAUAUGUUGUGUAAGAUUGUUGCCUAGCAGUUAUACCUAAUAAUUUAAUUUGUUUUCCCGAGGAAAAAUAUACUUCA